UCUGCUUUUAGCGAAACCAGAUCUGUUUUCUGUCACUGGCAGAAUGCUAUUUGAAGAAUUGAUUUGCGGGCCGUUUUCGGUAGCUCUCAUUCUUGGAUUUAUAAUCUUCGUUUUAUUUUAUCGGUUAACUACAAGAAAUCAUGAUUACUGGGAAAAAAGAGGAAUUCCAUACGUUAAACCAUUGCCAUUAUUUGGUUCAUUGCUGGAGGAUAUGACGAAGCCUGCACUAAAUGUCGAACUAGAGAGGUAUGCAAAGUUGGGACCUAUUUAUGGGUACUUUCGUACAGUUAUGCCAAGUAUUUCUGUAGCUGAGCCGCAUUUAAUAAAGGAUAUCUUUGUGAAAGAUUUUCAAUAUUUAAUGGAUCGAAGACGUAGUCUUCUUGGAUAUGGAAACAACAAAAUAUUAAUAUUGAUGCUGAAUAUGGCCCCGGCCAAAUAUUGGAAACGAAUUCGAUCUUCCGUUACUCCAGCUUUCACAGCACGGAAAAUAAAACUAAUUACACAAAUUUUCAAAGACAGCUGCGAAACUUUGAUAAAGAAUAUGACUGACGCCUCGAAAAAGAAGCAGGUGAACAUAGUGAAAUUUUAUGAUGCUUUCAUGAUGGAUGUCAUUCUUAGUUCGGCUUUUUCCACAAAAAUUGAUUCCCACAAUGAUCCGAAUAAUACUUUUGUUCAACAUUCAAAACAAAUCACAACCAGUAACUGGAAUAUUUCAAUAAUUAUUUACAUUUUAUUUCCUUUUCUACGGAAAUUUUUCAUUUUCUACCAUGCCAAGAAAGUUACUGAUUUUUACAAAGAUGCCGUGCUUCGAAUCAUUGCAGAGAGAAAAAGAACAGGGCAGGUACGCCAUGAUUUCCUUGAAUUAAUGAUGGAAACAGUUCGGAACAGUGAAGAAACGGAUGAGAAAUUCUCGAGCACUGACAAAGAAGAUCAAAAUGGCAUCACAUCAGAUAAUAAUUAUCAGAUAUCUAGUCAUCAUAUUUCCAAAAGCAUUCCUGCUAAAAAAUUGUCUGAGGAAGAAUUAGUGGCUCAAUGUAUGACCUUCUUCGUUGCUGGAUACCCAACAUCAACAUCUACUCUUUCAUACACUUCCUAUUUGCUAGCUCUGCACCCUGAAAUACAGGAAAAACUACGCCAAGAAGUUGAUAAAACUCUUUUAGAAAAUGAAGGUGAGCUAAAUUAUGAAAUUGUACACAGUAUGAAAUAUCUUGACUGUGUUGUGUCAGAAUCAUUACGACUGUCCCCUCCUGUUCCCAGAUUGGAGAGAAUCGUAACAACUGAUUACACACUUGGUGAUACUGGCAUCGUUUUAACAAAGGGGAUGACACUCACGGUCCCUAUAGCUGCCAUGCACAGAGAUCCUAAAUACUUUCCUGACCCGCUGAAAUUCAACCCAGACAGAUUCAGCCCUGAAGAAAAGGACAAGCAUAUACCAUACACCUAUCUACCUUUCGGCUGUGGACCCAGAAAUUGCAUUGGAGCAAAGCUUGCCCUUAUAAUGAUUAAGAUGUGUCUUGCCUAUAUUAUUGCUAAUUUCCGAAUUAACCGGUGUUCGUUGACAAAGGACAAAUUGAACUUCUUGGUCACCCUAGCUCCUAUUACGCAAGUCAAAGAAAUAAUGGUUGAAUUAGAAAGAAGGAAUGACUCUCCAAUGGCCAAGAUAUUCAAUGGAACGCCUUAAUAAUUAAAAAAAUGCUGGAUGUUUUGUUCAAUGUAUUGUUAAUCAUUGAACAAAACAAUUUUUCAUGAUAAUUAUUUUCUUUUAAUAUUUUUAAUUUCAUUCAAAUGUCAUUCUUAUUAAAACUUCAAUCAUUGCAUC